AUGGAGGAACAAUUUAUGUUCGGCGAAGAGCAACAGCAGCAGGCGGGGGGCCGGAAGGAGGAGUACGUGGGGUUUUUCGAGAACGGCGCGGGCGUUGAAGACGGGGGGUCGAGGGGGAUGUCGAACAUCACGCCGCAGGCGAUCCUGGUGCGAUCGUCGCUGUCGAACGUGAACUCGCCGGCGUUCGGCGGCCCGCGCGCGGAUGGGACGCCGGACGGGGGGCCUGGGAGCAAGCGCGGAGAGAGUAGCAACGCGGAGACGAGCCACUACAACGGCGCAGCGUCGAUGUCGAUGUCGCCGGCGAUGUUCACGCCGAUGGGCGCGGGCGGCAGCGGCGGGCUGCAGCGGCUGCCGAACUCGACGCCCGGCGCGGCGCCGUCGCCGCAGCAGAUCCUGUCACAGCGGGCGACGCCGCAGGCCGCGUACGGCGACCUGCAGGACGAGGUGAAGGUAGGAGGGUCCGAGGCGGCCUUUGGCGAUCGGGCGUUGUUCGGGGCGAUGGGCGGGCGCGCGCCGGAGGAUGGCGACGAGGGCCCACAACUUGGUGCCGGGGUGGCGCCCAUGGUGACGCCGCACCUUCCGAUGGAACCCUCGCAGCCGCACGCGCUGCCACAGCAGGCCCCCACUCCGCACCAGCCACAGCAGCCGGCCCAGAAGCGAAUGCACAUGCUCCAACAGCUGCACGAAGAGCAGAAGAACUAUUCUUACGUGGACCGCCAACCGUCAAUUAUGCAACAGCAGCCACACAUGAUGCAGCAACUGCCGCAACAACGGCCUCGGAUGCAGCAACUGCCGUUGCAGGGCCAGUCCGAGACGCCGAAGCCCGCAGGCAGUUCUCCAAUGGUGGUGCCCGUCAACCAUAGGCAGCUGUUGCAGAACCUCGACCCCAGCAUCCAGAAAAGAGUAUCACAGGAUCUGAACAGCAAGCAGUAUGAACUAUUUGUGAAGUCUUUCAUGGAACAUUGUAAGCGGUGUAAUAUUCCGUUUAACCCCAACCCUGAGAUAGGCGGGACGCGGGUGAACUUAUUCAUUUUAUACAUGUUGGUACAAAGAAUGGGCGGGGCAGAUAAUAUCACGAGGCUGCAGCAAUGGCGCGGCUUGGCAGAAAAACUACAAGUUUACGCCGAAAACGGGGAUGAGGAGCUUUCGAAGUACUACUACGCCACAUUGACAUCAUAUGAGAAGUACCUCAUGACCCCAGAUGGUAUCAAGGAAACACAGUCAAAACGGCUGCUCCUGCAGCAGUGCUUACAGGAUACGCUUCGCGUAUUACAGCAAGAGCGGUUGAAUAAGCAGGCACAACAGUCACCAGCAGUCCAACAAGUCCAGCCGCCGCAGCCACCUCCAACCCAUCAGCCUCAUCAGUCACAGAACCCAGGUAGGGCACCAUUCACAGGUCAACCACAGAUACAGCGGCCACUGCAACUUACGCCUAUUGUGCAGCAAAUGAUACCUCCGCAUCACCCAUCACAGUUACAGUCUCUUAGCGAUGCUCAGCGGGCAAAGCAACUCAAACCCAGGAAACCGCGCGUGAAGAAGAAGUCGAAAAAGGAGCAAGAAGAGGAAAAACGUCAGCAGGAAAGUAUGCAGCGGAUGCGAGAGAUACAACUAGAAAAGCAGAGGAGAGAGCAGAAAAUUAUGCUGGAAGAACAGCUUAGGGAGCAGCAAGAGUUGCUUCGGCGCCGGAAGGAGGAACAGAUGCGAAAGCUUCCGAAAGUUUAUAAACGGUCGUUCGCCAGAAGCUACGUUCCAAUAAGACGGCCCAUUGAAAGCCAAAAUGGGUACGACAUUAAAGCGCUGGCACAGCUGGGCGAGAAAAUCGAUGCUGUGAAGCCAAUAUUUCUUUUUGCGCCUGAGUUGGGAACUAUAAACCUUCACGCAAUCACAAUGUCAUUACAGUCGGAAAAUAACUGUGAAAUAAACACGGCUUUAAACACUCUAUUAGUGACCAGCGCAGACAACAUUUUGAAGGUCCCUCUCAGAGAUACACCGGAGUUACUAGACACGCUCUGCAUUCUGGCGUGUGAAAAGUUACACAAAUUAUACAAGGGCGAUUUCCACAGAAAGGUCACACAAGACGGUGUCCAAAAGGAAUAUGUUGUUGAUGAUUUGCUCUUGAAGGCUCAGGAGUCAUUGAAUCCGAUAGAUCAGACUAUGGACCAGAUAUUACAGAUAUACAGGAAGCAAUAUGAUGAAGGUGAAAAAAAUGUGACAGUGAAGGUAGAUUCCCUUACGGGGAUAGACAUUUCGCAAUUCCCGAUUACUCCCACGGAGUCGCCGUUAGAUGUUGGGCCAGAUGAAGAAGAUCUGACUCCGGUAAAGUUUGAGCCUCCAAAGCUAAAACGCUGGAGCUAUAUAAUUGAGCCCAUGCGGUUACAAGGUAUGAGGAAGGAUGACGAAUUAUCCGUGGUACCAUAUGUUGCUGCUUUGCGUAUGGUUAAGGACGAGGUUGAUACCUUGUUCACAAAGUGCCAUAAGCGAGGCUCUGAAGACCCACAAGUCUUACUUGUCGACCAAAUUGCCACAAUAUCAAUGAUAAUACGGAACCUAUCAUUUGAUGAUUCAAAUGCCACCAUAAUGGCAAAUAAUAUUUAUGUGAACAGGUAUAUCUUUGAACUACUAUGGGUCCUGUUUACUCAAAUGAAAAAAUUCGUCUUGCAUAGGAAAGUUUUGAAUUUGAAGAAAGAUACUAUCAUCAUAUUAUCCAAUUUAUCACAUCUUUUGAAACUUGAUAACGUAAUAGACGGAUGUUUGUUGCUCUUUUUGGUUUUGAGCUUUGUUGAACCAUCACCCUCAAAGGGUGACGGCUGUGGUCUCCCUUAUGCUUCUUAUGUCGCAAAAGUAGAGAAAUACAGAUGUUAUGGCGUGGACGUUAUUUCAAAGAUUAUGUCACUCGGGUAUCCGAAUCGGACAUAUAUUAGCUCGAUAUUGUUGUCGAGAUUCGAAGAGGAGACCACUGAAGCAAAAGUGUGCACUCAGCUUCUCCGCCGCUAUAACGGCCAGCACAAGUGCAAACUUUUCAACGAUAUAUUUUCGAUGGUUGCUUCGACUAUACCCCUCAAACACCUGAACCAGAUGCCUAAUUUGGUUGAAGAAUCGGUAGCUGUAAUAUUACAGGCUCUGACAGCAUCAAUUGCGUUGUUGAAGUUUAUAAACCCCACAGAAGAAUUCCCUUUCACUGAGCGAAAUCUUCCAUAUAUGUGGCUAACGGCAGAGGAUGGGUUUGGACCAAGCAUCAGGAGGUUGGGCGAGGCACUUUCUAGUAUGGGCUCGCAAAAUCCAAACUUGAAACACUUGCGUCCCAUCUUUAAUUUGAUUGGCCCGAAAUGUGUUGAAUUGGUAAGGCUCUUGGUGGAAAAGAGUAUGCAAAUUGCCUCAUUUGAACCUACCCAAGAGAAGCGGCUGGAGGUCGCGAAGGGUAUAAUGAGUAUUGCUAAUUUAUUUCCGACUGAGGCAACCGCAAUCACAAUCAUGAUGAAUCCAGCCAGUGAUUCUGGCAUGGCGUUUGAAAUGGGACGCUUGUAUCAUUUGAAAAAGGAGAUUUUAUCCAAGUACCGGUAUUAA